ACGACCCGUCAACCCGGAAGUCCAGCACUGACAACCAAAACAGGAAAGCUGUAUCUGCUACAUUUUCGCCUUUACGGACAUUCUUUUAAUUGCCAACUUUUUAACAUUUUUGGACAAAUAUAAGUGCUUCUGUAGGCUACUUAAUCUGAGUCUGGGAUAGAGGUUGGUGUGCGUUAACAGAGCUAACUAGAUAUGUAGCUUGCUAGCAUACUUGACUGGCUAUUUUCGCUUCCUGGUAAUGUUAAAUCUAUGCUAACUACAGAUAACUACUCAUAAUAGGUAGCUAAGUGUGUCCUCAUUAGACAGCAAAUACACUAAAUAAUUGAACUGUGCCAUUGGAAUACGUGCCUAUUAAAUUGUAUUUCGGGAGAAACAGACUAGCCUAGCUUAAUUAUUAGAUACGAGCUACGUUAACUUUGCACACUAGCAAAACAAGUACCCAAGAUGGCUAAAGUGUAAAUCCAUGGAAGCAAUUGAAUGAAAAACAUAAACGUUUCAUUUAUGGCAUUUAUGAUUUCGUUUCAUUGGUAUGACAACCUAAUGCCACACAGAUCUUCACCUGGUGUUAUACUAGCUAGCUAGCUAAAACAGCUAGUGCUGCAUUGGACCAAAUUAUUCCCAUGUCAUCUGCAGCAAGAUAAUUUUUGGUUGGGCAGGGUGUUUGUGUGUCCAGCCUUAGAGUCCCAGUCCCUGCAAUCGCACCAAAAUGACCUGAGACUGAAUAGUCUUUGGCAUCAGACCUCAAACAUGGCAGGGAUAGCGUGGUAUCAGGAGAAGAUUGGGGCAUAUGAUCAGCAGAUCUGGGAGAAAUCCCUUGAGCAAACCGAGUUAAAGGGCAUUGGCAGCAAACCAAAGAAGACCGGGCAUAUCAAAGCUGAUCUUAUUGAUGUCGAUUUGGUUAGAGGCUCCACGUUCAGCAAGGCCAAGCCCGACAGGCCGUGGGCCGCUCUGACCCGGAAGGGCCUGGUCCGAGUGCUGUUUUUCCCCUUCUUCUUCCAAUGGUGGACCCAGGUGACCUCCAGGUGCAUCUCUGCCUGGCUGCUGCUUCUCUACCUCCUGCAAGUGGCGGUGCUGGUGGUAUGUCUGGAGGUGCCAGCGGCCAGCGGGAGUGAGGUGCUCGGGCCCAUGUGUCUGAUGCUGCUUCUGGGGACGGUGCAUUGUCAGAUCGUCUCCACCGAGUCCAGCAGGAGUCCUGCAGUCAGCCCUGCAGCCAGCCCCACACGCAGGAAGAGACAGAGGAAGGGGCGGGGCCAAAAGAAGACCGAGGAGCAGAAGGAUAGUUUGGAAUCUGAGGUACAGGCCUGGCAGCUGCAGGAGAACCGGAGGCUUUACCGGGGUGAGAGGAAAGAGAACAGCCCUGGGAGGUCGGUGUGCGGGGUGUCUGAUGAUCUAUCCAGCGAGGAUGAGGAGGUGGAGCCCUACCGCCUGUCCGCGGGCGAGAGGCUCAUUGUGGCGGACGGAGCCACGCCUACCCCCAUCCUGCGGAACCGGAGCCGCCACUCAGUCCAGAGCCCCGCCUCCUCUCGGGUGGAGAGGGGCGAGGCCGCAAAACUUCCUCCACGCGAGGUCGAACGCCUGAGACCCUCCGAGUGCCCCCGGAUCGCCUCGGACACGGACGACACCCUGUGGGAGGAGCUUCUGCAGGGCCCAGACUCCGCCUCCACGGGCAGUAGCGACAGCGAGGGAGGGCCCCCGCCCUGCCUCGGUCUGGCCCCUCCCAACGACAUCCUCUCCAGCGAGGACGAGAGCUUCCAGCCAGGGAACCUGUCAUGGCUCCAGGCCUGCCACCCCUCCAGAGACCGCGUCAGCGCCAUAAUCUGGGAGCAGGGCGAGUGUAAGAAAGCUGACAUGUCUGUCCUGGAGAUCAGCGGCAUCAUUCUGACCCGGGUGAAGAUGGUGGAGCAGGGCGUGGGCUACCUGAUGCUGGGAGGGGUGCUGACCACUACGCUGGCCCUGCUCCCAUUCUGCUUCCGGGUCACGCACCAGCUGGACCUGACCCAGCUGGGGUCGCUGUCUCUGGCAGGGCUGGCGGACAUGGCCAUGGGUCCCCUGGACCCCCGAGCGUACGCCCUGUUCUUCAUCACCACCCUGGAGAGGGUCUGCCUCACCGGCCUCUUCUUCUUCAUGAUGUGUGUGGCAGAGCGGACGUACAAGCAGCGUCUUCUCUUUGCCAAGCUGUUCAGCCACCUGACGUCAGCGCGCAAGGCCAAGAAGUCUGAGAUCCCCCACUUCAGACUGAAGAAAGUACAGAACAUAAAGAUCUGGCUGUCACUACGCUCCUUCCUCAAGAGGCGUGGUCCCCAGCGCUCGGUUGAUGUCAUCGUCUCCUCCAUCUUCCUCCUGGCCCUCUCCAUCGCCUUCAUCUGCUGCGCUCAGCUUCUCCACAGCCACCACACAUUCCUGGACUCGCAGAUCAACUGGGAGCUGAUGAUCUGGGGCACGUCGCUGAUCGUGUUCCUGCUCCGACUGGCCACGCUGGGCUCCGAGACCAAUCAGAAGUACAGCAACGUGUCCGUGCUGCUGACCGAGCAGAUUAAUUUGUAUCUGAAGAUGGAGAAGAAACCCAAUAAAAAAGACGAGCUGAACAUCGUGAACAACGUGCUGAAGCUGGCCACCAAGCUGAUGAAGGAGCUGGACACGCCCUUCCGGCUGCUGGGCCUGACGGUGAACCCGCUCAUCUACAACAUCACGCGCGUGGUCAUCCUGUCCGCUGUGUCCGCCGUCGUCAGCGACCUGCUGGGCUUCAACAUCAGACUGUGGAAGAUUAAGCCUUGAAAGCCCGUUAACGCCGGCCCUGGAGGACAGGCACAGCCAGACGCACCGGGAGGCAGUCAGCUCCCGCAGCCCAGCCAAACGUGCACAUCUACUGACUCCCCUGCGCCUUGGAGCCUGAGCGCACUGUGAACACUCGAAACCCCCCCGCUCUCUUCUGAGGGUUUGUGAGGUGUAAAUAAAAAAAGCUAGUCCAUCACUGUAUUGCAAGGCCCUGCCAAUUAAAGAAAGUAUUCACAAUCCCUCUCCCCAUCUUUUCCUCCCACCCCAGAGGAUAUGUGUUCCAGAGUGGGUCAUUGUACUCUCAGCAGUAGCCGUUGAGUGCCUUUUUCCACAAUCGUAUGGAUUGGUAUGCGGAAUUCACAGGGAAUAUUUUGUUGUAUUUGUCUUUUCCUUGAUCUGUGUUGGAAGCGGAACUGACCGCAGGGGGAAAAACAGGAAAUUUGUACAAUAACCGGAAGUACGAACCCGGAUCUGGAGCAGAGAGAUGUGAAAAUGUUUGAGAUGAGUUGGAAAGAUCCAUCAUUUCAACAGCACAAUGGAAAUGCAUAGAUUUGUAGCGUCAUCAGGAGCUAACAGUAAAAUACAAUAGUUGAUUUUAUUUCAUAUAUUUUAUUUCACUGUCAGUCUUCUUGUUUUUAACCAGAAUUGUGUUUCCACACAGCCUGUAGUUUCCAUGCCUGUGCUGUCCUUCCACUUUGCGCAUUAUGCUUUAGGCACUAAUUUAUUUAUAAUUGUUAAAAUAUACUGUUUUUUUCAAUCAUAUGUACUGGGUUUUGGAAGCCUUAGACCACUGUGAAAAUGUUACAUCAACAUUUUUAUUUGCCGUUGGACUUGAAUGAAAAGCUUUGUUGAACUUGACAUUCCCCUGUUGCAAAGAUCGAUGUAUGUUCAGCAGUACUAGCUGCGCUCCAGCAGUGUGGUUGAACAAUGUUGUUGGCACUUUCUGAUGUUUUAUUUUUUUCUUGUGGGAUCCAUUUCUCCAGUGCUAUUUUAUGUUUUAAUAUAAUCAUAAAUGUGUACAUUGCC